AUGUCGACCGUCACAAGCGACCCCCGUUCGCCACGGAGCUCUACGCCGGAGUCAAUUCUGAGCGACACCGACCGAGGCGAGACCAAGAAUUGCAGACAUUACAUUACCAUCAACUGGGACGACCAUCCUCCGGCAACCGCAGAAGAUGUAUAUCUCGGUGGUCCAGAAGACGAUGUCGAAUCACUCGAAGGAUACCAUGAAGGUGGCUUCCACCCAGUCAAGAUUGGCGAUUGCUUCGGCGAGUCGGCGCAGUAUCGUGUCCUUCACAAGCUCGGCUAUGGUGGCUAUGCGACAGUCUGGCUUUGCCGCGAUACGCAUCAUUCUCGAUAUGUUGCUCUCAAGAUCCUGAUGGCUACAGUCAAUCCCGACACGAUCCCAGAGUUGGAGAUCCUGUCUCAGCUUGACCGCUCCCUGCCUGGCGCCGAAUUUAUCGCAAUUCCCCUCGAACAUUUCACUUUCCAAGGGCCCAAUGGAACUCAUCAGGCUCUUGUUCUCCCAGUCCUGGGUCCGCGUGUGUCGCCUGACAUCUGGCGCCACAUGAAGACGAAUCCCAACAUCACUCUCCGGCGCCUGGCCCGUCAGGUAACCAAAGCCCUGGACUUUCUGCACAAGAACCAGAUCUGUCACGGAGACUUCCGCCCAGGAAACAUCCUGAUGAACCUUGCCAACAUCGACCACCUCCCCGAGACCGAACUCAUCACUCUCAUCGGACCGCCCAUAACCUUUCGAGUCCGGCAUGAGUCCGGUGGAGAAAUUCCCAGUUCCUGCCCGCCAUGCCUCAUCGAGCGAUGCAACUUGGGUCGCCUCAGCGACUACUUCGUCGACAAUAUCACACUCAUCGACUUUGGCGAGUCCUUCUACUUCUCGUCUCCCCCAAAGGCGCUCAAGUCUCCUAUUCCUGGCCCAUCUACUGAUCUCUGGGCCCUUGGCUGCACCUUGUUCGAGAUCCGACAACAGAUCAAGCUAUUCUACAUGCUCCCCAACACAGACGAGAUAAUUGCAGAGAUUGUCAUGCUAUUUGGGAAGCUUCCCGACUCCUUGUGGGACAAGUGGGACUCACGUAAGAAAUUCUUUGAUGACAGCGGACACGGCCUUAGAUUUCAGAGCGCCACGCUGGAGAUGUUCCUCACGCGGGAACUCGAGCUGUGGGAGCCCGAGCCAGGAGCCACCUGGUCCAGUUUGUUUACACCCGAGGCGGAGCAGAAACAGUUAGCAGAUCUCAUCUAUAAGCUGCUGAAGUACAACGGAACGGAGCGAUUAACAGCCGAGGAGGCGCUCAAGCAUGAGUGGCUCAAGGGGGCGGAGGAGUGUACACAGCUUCAUCACCAAGGGUCAAGGCAUGCCUCAGGAACGAUCCAGUGA